AUGUUAGAAGGCUUAGUAGCCUGGGUACUGAAUAAUUAUUUAGGAAAAUAUGUUGAAAAUUUAAACACUGACCAACUUAGUAUUGCUCUACUGUCAGGUGAAGUCGAGUUAGAAAACUUGCCUCUAAAGAAGGAAGCAUUACGCCACAUCGGCCUGCCUAUAGAAAUAAAAGCUGGCUUCAUCGGUAAAGUUCGCUUGCAAAUCCCAGUCCGUCAAAUCAGAACAGCUUCAUGGGUGAUUGCAAUUGAGCAACUGUACUUGGUAGCUUCUCCAAUAAACCUCGACGACUAUGACCAAGAAGCAGAGGAACAAAUUUUUCAAGAAUACAAACAAAGCCGACUGGACGCUUUGGAAGCGCGCUGGCGAGCCAGCAAUGAGCGAGACGCCGGGUACUACGCAACCAGCUACAGUUCCUGGAUGAACUACGGAACCUCGCUGGUGACAAACAUAAUAGAGAACCUUCAGCUCAACAUAAAGGACGUCCAUUUGCGCUUUGAAGACAUCACCAGACCCAGCCACCCAGUGGCCCUGGGAAUCACGAUAAAAGCCCUAUCAGCUCAAAGCUGCGACGCUUCAUGGACUCCCGGUUCAACAUCAUGGAAUUCGAACGACGCGAGCUUCAAAUUGAUGCAGCUGGACGGUCUGUCAGUCUACUGGGACAAGCUGACUCUAGAACAGGUCUUUGGAAGUCUCUCCCUUGGAGAUCUGGCCGUCGUGAUGUCAGAUACCAAGUCUGCUGGGUUCGUUCUAUCUCCAGUAAGCGCCCGAGCUCAUGUAAAGCGCGACCGCUCGGAAAAACCUCUCAGGUCUGUCUUGCAGCCGCGAAUCGUCGUCAAUCUCCAGCUGGAUCAGGUUCCACUGUCCCUUACGGACGUCCAGUACGAACAAAUGGUCCAGUGUGUUCGGGGGUUGGAAAAUAUCGACCACAGACGUCGUCAACGUCGCUGCAGACCGGCAGUUCCUGUUGGAACCAGUCCUAAAGAAUGGUGGAAGUACGCAGCUCGGUGUCAUCUAGGAAAAGACUCUUUGAAGCCCCGGAUGACUUGGCAAGAUGUCCUGGAUCAAGGUAGAGAUAAUCUCGCUUAUGUAGAAGCCAUCAGGAAGCUUUUAGACACCCCCACGAUGAUUCUAGCCCCAGAUGUCAAAGCUUUUAAGGAUAAAUUUGAGUUUGAGCGAAGUUUUGAUGAUCUUAGAGUUCUCAGGGAACUCGCGAUGGCUCAAGUUCGUCCAAAGCCUGUCGAAGCCUCAUCUAACCCUGAAGCGAGAGGUAUUUUGGUCCAGUGGUUCCCACAAUGGUGGGGCUGGCACUCGAAAACUCCCGACCAGACUACGACGGCAAAUUCUUCGGCGUUUGAUGGAGAACUGCUGGAUGUUCUUGCGGAUACUAUUGAUGACAACACGCUUCUAAGACGUGAUACUGUCUUCGGUUUAUUUAAUUUUACAUUGAACAAAGGAACGAUCAGCUUGUGCUCUGAGAAAGAGAAAAGUACAGAUGGAAGCAAAACCAAAGAAACUAAAAUAAUUAUGGAACUCCAGUGCGAGCGCGUUAACCUGAGCUAUGAGUCGAGGCCAAGAUCCGGGUCUCAUAAAUUUUCUAUCAGUCUUGGAGCGCUGUAUCUACAUGACUUUCUGACGGAGAAUUCAAUGUUCCCGAUACUGAUCCAGCCUCAAACUACUGGAUCGUCGGUAAGAUUGAGAGCUUCCUCGGAGAAGCUCCCGAGCCAGCAAUUGUUUGAGUUGAUUUAUGAGAAGAAGCCACUGCAUGUUUCGAUGGAUCAUUCGUUGCAUUUGACUACCAGGUCUUUGGAUAUUGUGUAUAAUCCCUUGGCUUUUAAGUGGCUGGUGGAUUUUAUCAGCAAGCCACAUAAAAGUUCUUCAACUCAGAGGCUACAGGCGAUGAAACGAAGAACACGACGGCAGUUGAUUAAAAAUUGGGAGCAGAUUUUGGAAGGAGAUUUUGUGUACCGGUCAUCUUGGGAUUUGAGGUUCAAUAUUUCAGCACCUCAGAUUCUUCUGGUGGAAAAAUUUAGCGACUCUACGGCAGCUGUUGUUGUUGUGGACUUUGGAAGACUGCAUUUGACGAAUAAUUUUGGGGAUAAGAAAGUUGUUUUGAGACCUGGAUCCCCGAAUAGUGACGAGGAUAAUGAAUGUCUGAGUAUAAAGACGGAGAAAAAAGUAGAAAAUGAAGAAGAUGAUGACGAAGAUGAGAGAUUUCAGACUCCUUGUUCAACACCACCAGGUUCUCAAGAAAACGGAAGCGUAGCAGAAUACCAAAUGAUUUCAGAAACUGCAUUACACCAUAAAUUGUACGACCAGUAUACAAUCGACCUUUCAGACCUGCAAAUUCUCGUGGGGAAGGUGAAAGACAAUUGGAAACACGCGAGAACGAGAGGCAUGAGCACUUUGCACGUGCUGGAGAGGUUUAAUAUUUCUCUGCAGAUUGAAAGGCGCGUUGUGUCGACGAUGGACCCGCAGUAUCCGUCGCUGACGGUGUCUGGGAACCUUCCGAGGCUGGUGGUACAUGUCAACGAGCAGAAGGUUGAAGCUAUCAGAACUAUGUACCAGUUACUGUCAACCUUCUGGGAGCCCUCGGAACUGACGAUGAGCGAACCGGAGAGCCCGAAAAAGGAGGAGAGUGAUAAGACUAUGUUACACGCCAUGAUGGUCCAGUUUAUUAUAGACCAGAUGACUUUUGAGCUGCAGAGUCGAGGACGCAGUGUCGCGGAAUUGCAAGUAUCUGGAGUCAGAGCUGCGAUGAGCAAGCGGCUGGCUGAUAUGAAUGUUUCGCUGUCUGUUCAUGGACUGCUUCUGGUCGAUGCAAUGCAAGAGUAUGGCCCAGACUUUGAACUGCUGGUUGCUAGUCAUAAACAUGUGGGUAUGGAUAGUGUAUCGGGAAGCUUGAGAGACUCGGAACCUACUUCUCCGACGUCACCAGUUUCUCCAGGGUCACCUGAUCCAGGUCUCUCCCGCCGCCUAACCUCUCCAAUCGCCUUAACCCGAGCACUUUCAAGCCUAGCCUACGACGUAAAAAACUUGAUGUCUCCACGAAACAACUCCCUCAGCGGGAUCGAGCCGCUGGACAACGAAGCACUGAUCGUAAUCGAGCUGACCCUCAUCGAAGAUUCUCCAGAAAACCUCCGAGUAGCCAACAUCCAGUUCAACAACCUCGACAUAAUCGCGAACCAAGAAACAAUUGUCGAACUAGUGGGAUUCAUCCGCCGUGUCUUACCCUCCAAAGAACAAAGCAAGAAAAUCACUCGCCAGGAUUCAGUUGUCAGCCAAUCGCUUUCCGGCAGCUCAACUCGUACCGAGAUAACCUUUGACUUCCACCGUCUCAAUGUCCUGCUUCUCCGAGCAGUAAUGCAUGAAAGUCAUCUGAUCGGGCAAAAGAUAGCAACCGCGACUAUGUCAGAUGCUCGUAUCCAAGCGACCUUAUCCAGCAACACUUCAAUCUCAGGAUCUCUAGGUGGUCUGCAAGUCCUCGACCAAACUCUAAUUGGAAAGACUCAUCAGCGGAUCAUCAGCGUAGGUCGUGAUCCUCUAGCAGACCCAGCACAUACCAGUGCUCCAUUGGAGCAUUUUUCAUUGAAUCAACCCGAAGCUUUCCGAUUUUCAGCCAGUCGUACAAGUUUGAAUCUGUCAUCUUCAGAAAAUCCGAUAGUGGAGAUAGACAUCUCCAUCCGAGUUGGCAGUGUCUGGUACACUCACGCUCCACAUCUCAUUUCCGAGCUUCGUUCCUGCGCAGACGAAUUCAAACAGUACAUGAGUAACCUGGCGAGGUCAAUUGGUGCUGCUGCUACUGACAUGGCUAUUGGACUGGUCCAGACCGAAGACUGGAGCGUUCCUCAGAGAAAGAGACUCCCCAGUGUGUCAAUCAUUGACAGCGACCCGGCAGUUUUAAAGCUGAAGCUUGAUGUUGUCCUAGACAGCCCUGUCCUGGUGAUUCCUAGGGCAUCUCACAGUCUCCAAGUAUUUGUUGCUCACUUAGGAACUAUGUCUUUACAGCAUGAACCGUCAUCUGACCCGACAGCAAACCAAACUGCAAGUCUAGAAGUCCGCGAUAUGAAUCUCUACUCUCUGGACGUGACUUCCCGGGUGGGAAAUUCUACCUCUGCUCUGCCACCUCGUGCAGAAGACACUUACAGCUGCAAGGACUCGGGAAGGCCUAUUCUUCAUGAUACGUCGCUGAAGAUAACUAUUGAGAAGGUUAAUGCGGCGACUUCGCUGCAUGGAAGCUGUUUCUUCAUUGAUCAAGAUGUUGCUGCUUUCUUGGACCCGGUUUUUCAGGUUCAUGGAGUUGUUACAACUCCGCUCAAAGUUUCUUUGUCCAGGACGCAGUAUGAGCAGCUUUUAGACACGGUUCAUGCAGUUUUCUCGUUCCCGCAUCCUUCUAGAGAGGUUAUUCAGCCUGAGAGAAAGGAAACUGAAGAGUCUUCGUUUGAAUUAUUACUGAAAGUUCUAUUCGAGUUGCCGACACUUUGCAUACAGUUGAAGCAGGAUCAUUCAGAGCAGCCGUUGGUUGAACUUUCGAUGCAAGAGUUUGUGGUUAAAUACGAGAAACUUUCGAAACAUGAAUCUACUACUCAGGUAUCAUUAAGAUCGCUUCUAAUGGAAGACCUGCUCUGCCAAAUUGGGUCGAGACACCGCUGCAUGAUGCAAUCAUCAGCGCCCACUCGCGCAAGAUUACCCUUAGGAGUUUCUAAAUCCUGCCCCGACUUCGCGUACAAUUGCCGAAAAUGGCGAAGUGACUUCUCUCGCGGAAGUCUUCCCGACCGAUUAGAAACUUUCGCCUUGUACGGAACCGUACCAGCGCAUUGGAGAAAAGCGUCAUCUUUAGUCGGCACUCCAAACACUCCACCACCAUCUCCGGGAGCAAUGACCUGCGAAGAAAACCUAGUCCUGAUCAGCAUAACCAUGACAGAAAUCCACCCCGAGGAUCCAGACUCUCCAGCACGUCCAGUUCGCCACAAGACUGUCAGCAUUGACUUCAACUGUCUCGACCUGAUAGUCUCCGUCGAGUCCUGGAUGAUUGUCCUGGACUUUUUCGGCAUUGGUACCAACCCCAGCCAUCACAUUACCAUCCACGAGGCUCCUCAACCUCAGGUCGAGGUCCAAGAAACUUUCGACCUUAAAUCCGAGGUCGACAUUGAAGUUCGCUCUCUAACUCUAGUUCUCACCCGCACCGAUCGUGAGAUCGCGAAAGCCAACAUCUCCAACGCCAGUACCAGGAUAAUAAAAGCUUCAGGCAAGACCAAAGUUUCUGGAUCCUUGGGCUCGAUGUCUCUCCUGGACCUGACUCCCCACGGUCGCUUCUACCGCGAGCGAUUCUUGUCUUCUGGAAGAAAAGCUUUGAACUUCCAGUACUCCAGCUACGAAGACGCCCAUAAACUCCUCUAUGACGCUAAAUUGAAGCUCCAGAUGUCGGCAGUCCACUACGUUCAUACCCAGAGAUUUGUCGCUGAGCUUCAAGCUUUCUUCCGUCACUUCUCCCAGCUCAGAGACAUAAUGAACAACCUCCGCGCUGGAGACGUCGUAGUGAUCCAAAAGCAACGCUCAACUCGCCUGUCUUUAGAACUCCACGCCGGAGCUCCAAUAAUUCUCCUGCCGGUCAGCUCCAGAAGUUCUCAACUCCUGGUGCUUGAUUUAGGAGAACUGACUGCUACAAACUCCUUCAACAUCUCUGAAGAAGACUCCCAGUGUCUGCUGGACGUGAUGUCCUUGGAGCUGGUGAACAUGGACGUGUACACGGCUACCAGGGUGAAGAGCGACGCUGAGUCCGACAACCAGACUCUGAUCGGCGGGUUCUACGUCAGCAGACUCGGUCCCUCGUUGUUGACCGACAAGUGUCACCUGAGUCUCAGGAUCGAGCGGAAUCUGGACAUUUACGUCAGUCGUGAGAUUCCGGACUUGAGUAUUCACGGAACGUUGUCGACGAUGAACUGCGCGAUGGACCCAGCACAGUAUAUGUUGGUGCGAGGAUUGCUUGCCUAUAAUAUAGGUGAGAAUUUAGACGAUAUCAGAAUGUUUCUAGAUGAUCUCCAAGAUGUCAGCAGCUACUUUGAAGAACCAACAACCGGGAAAGUUUGGACCCGCAGCUGUAUUAUUCUGGACAUUGUCAACGUAACAGUCAAGCUUCAUCCGAACCAUGGAAUCGCUGCUCUAGCGUGUGUUAAUUUUAUCAAAUCUAGGUUGACUUUAGACUCUCUGAGCGACGGGUCUCAGGAUAUCGACUUGGUGUCUCAAGAAAUCCUUAUUAUCGACACAAGGUUCCAAAACGAGCCGGUAAACAAGCGCUCGAAUGUAUUUACCAGCAUUCUCCAGCCGCUGAAGAACUUUGCGGGAAUCCCUGAUCGUGUUCAAGCAGAAAUUCAUCAUCGAAGACGAAAGAACAACGCUGCAACAACGAUUUUACUUCAUAGUAUGCGACUAACUGCGAUUUUAGACUGGUGGGAAGCAGUCAGAGACUUUCUGGUGCUGAAUUCGACGGAACCUGAGCCUAGUCCAGCUCCAGUGGUAGAUACUGAAGACAGUGUGACAAAUACUUCGCCUUUUGAAUUAAAACUCAAUAUUACAGAUUCUGAGCUGGUGAUUGUCGAAGACACUUCACUCUGGGACACCAACGCGGUGAUUCUCAAGUGUACUGCGAUUCUCUCCUACAGAUCAUUGCCUCAGGAAGAUGAAAAGCCGUUGUCCUGCAGUCUGAGUCACUGCGAACUGUAUUCUUGUAUCCUAGGAAUGGAAGAAGAGACCGCCUUGUCAAUAAUCGACCCAGUGGGUGCUAAUUUUGAGCUGACCCAGGAAAAGUCUUUGGAAAUCCAACUCCAGCCGCUAAGUAUCAAGUUAAGUUACCACGACGUGACCAUGUUCAGCAGGAUGCUCAGUUCCUUGCCGAAGCAGACACUCUGGGCCAAGCAGCAGUCUCAAGGACCUCCAGCUAACGCCAAGAGUCACAUCAUGAAACUUUCGGCUUUAGGAUUCGCAGAAACUGACUGUGAAGCUGCACUGGAUGUCUGCAAUGGACAGUUAGACGACGCUGCGCUUUGGUUGACCCAGAACGCGACUCCUAGUGAUCAUGCUAAAAUGUUCCAGGUGAUUGAAAUCGACUCCAGUUGCCUGAGGAUCUGCAUAAUUGAUGACUGUCGAGAUGCUGAUGUUCCUCUGGUGGAACUAGUCCUUUUAGACUUUUCUCUUAAGCAAGUUCCUGAUGGACAAGCUUGUGUCAAAGCAACUUUCGGGAUUGAUUACUACAACCGAGUGCUCAGCGGUUGGGAGCCUUUUUUGGAAGCUUGGAAGGCUACAGUACAGUGGGAGAAUGUCACCAAUUCCUUGAAUUCCCGAAGAUUACAUGUACGUGUUGAUUCUGAAGACUCAGUCAAUGUGAACAUAACGUCAACAUUCGUCGAGCUUAUGAAGCAAGUCAAGGACAACUGGACCCAAGACUACUCUAGCGUGAACCAAAAAGUUCCCCAGCUCCAGAACUACCGACGAAGAUCUCCCUUUGUUCCGUUUGCUUUGAAGAAUGACACAGGUUCUAAGUUGUGGUUCAAAACUUUCAUCGCAGUCGCUGCUGAAGUUUCACUCGCGCGUUUCAGUUCUGAAGACUUUAUUCAGCGCGACCGGACUUGGACUGAAGUAGCUUCUGGGGAAACAAUUCCUUUUACUUUUGAGGAACGUGGAAAACUUCGGCAUCAGUCGACUCACAUUGCAAGGCUCCAUCAAGUUGCGGUGCUUCUUGAAGGCUGGCGACCUGUUGAACCUGUAACUGUUGAUCGCGUUGGUGUUUAUUUCAGACAUGCCAAUUCUGCGGUGACUCACAUUGAAAGUUUUGUGACUAAAGCCAGAGUUGUUUUUACGGUUGAGCUUGAAGGGUCUGCAAGGAAGCUUGUAACUGUACGGUCUGCGUUGCAGGUUGUCAAUAAAAUUGCAUACAAUGUUGACAUACGGCUGGAGAAGUCUCUCGGUUAUGGUUAUGGGUCAUUAACUGGGGCAAAGACUCUCCAGGUACCGGCUAAGUCGAUUAUUUCGGUACCGAUUACGCACACCAACGUUCAGAUGAGCUUGAAGCCUCAGCACCCCAGUCAAGUUUUCCAGUACUGCAUGGAGUCUAUAGACUGGACGCUGGCCAAGAAACCCAUGGAGAUUGUCGAGACUAUUACUACUUGUCGGACGAAUCAGAAUAAUUUGUUCAAGAUGUGUGUCGCGGUCAGGCGGGAAAAUUAUCCGACUGAUGCUGCGAGUUUUGUUCUACCUGCGCACACUAUCACUUUGUUGCCGCCAGUCACUUGUAUUAAUCUGUUGCCGCAUGAGUUACUCUAUCAGGUUGCUGGAGAAAGUGGGAGGAUUCCUCCGGGAAGUACUGCGGAUUUACAUGGAAUUAAGGAAGAACAGCUAGAAAUAGUAUUUCAGCUCGACGGAUAUUCAGGACCAGGAGCAUUAAUUCUCGGGCAAAUAUCCGGAUCGUACGUUUCCAGAAUGAAGCUAACAGAUGCGAAAGGCAGAAUAUUAUUUUUAUACGCUUCAGUAGUCGUAGAAAAAGGCCUGGGUAUACGAAUAAACAUCACAACACCCUACUGGAUCAUCAACAAGACAGGUUUACCUCUAGUAUUCCGACAAGAAGGCGUCGGAACAGAAGCUGCUGGACAGUUCGAAGAACACGAACGCGCCAGGAUGGUCGCUCCUCUGUUAUUUUCCUUCAGCGACGAAGAAGCGAGCCGUACAUUGUCAGUGCGAGUGGGAAGUAAUGUCCACGUACAAGGAAUCGCUCAGUGGUCACAACCGUUCCAUCUUCAACCAGGAGUGCAGGUCCACCGGCUGAGAAUCACUCUGAGAGACGGAAGACCAGACAUUGUGUACUUGAUCGGUGUGACAACGCGAUCUGCCAGAGGACGAUACCGAGCUACGACUGUGGUGACACUAUCUCCAAGGUACCAACUCCACAAUAGGUCAUCGUGCACCCUGGAACUGGCCCAGAGAUGUUUUACCACCACUGUGAGUCAUCCAGACGCUCAAGCUACUUACAUUACUGCUAUGCCGGAUUGUCACAUGCCUUUUCACUGGCCAAGAUUGGACAAAGACCAGCUUCUCUGUGUCAGGGUCAUUGAUGUGCCCAACUGUAUGUGGUCAGGUGGGAUUAUCAUUGAUGGAAAUCAUUCUCUGACGAUUAAUAUCAGAGAUAGUGGAGGGAAAAUGCAUUUCCUGAGGGUUGAUGUUGUUCUGCAGGAGAGUACUUACUUUAUUGUUUUCACUGAUGCUAAUACUAUGCCUCCACCGAUCAGAGUUGACAAUUUUUCGGAAGUUCCAUUGACUAUUAAUCAAGCUGAUGUCUUGGAUAAUUUACAGUGGACAGUAAGACCUCAUUCAUCGGUACCAUAUGCUCUUGAUGAGCCGACUCAAACGGCUAAUUUAAUUGUAACUGCACCAGGAGGUGUGACUGCUUCGUAUGAUCUCAAUGUUCUGGGAGAAAAUCGGGGACUGACUUAUGAAAAUUUUAUUUACAUCGCAUUUACUGGAACGUUUAAAAUAGACGGAGAUCUGGGAACAGGAGAAAAUGGACUAGAUCCAUUGGACGUAGAAACCCAGAGACUGGUUCUGGAAGCUGGACCUGGGGGUUGGGUUGCCCUGAGGCGAAAGCAGUAUGGAGCUAGAUCACAGUUAUGGAGAAUGACUGGUGAUGGCCAACUUCAACAUGAAGGUUCUAGUCCUCCGCGUGAUAAACAUUCAAGAACUCCAGACACUGUCCUAGUCCUGGACAUAGCAGGUCCAGCACCUCAACCAUUCAAUUAUUGCGCACUUGCCCUCCGGAGACCAGACCCUCGACGCAGAUCAACGCAAACUUGGAGGUUUACCGACGACGGACGUCUUUGUUGUGCUCACAAAAAUAUGUGUGUGCAAUCUAAAGACGGUUUUAUGGGCUUAUACGAAGGGAGUGAAGCCGUACUGGGACCUCAGACCCACUGCAAUCCCCCACCAAUCGAGCAACGCGUCGGCAGACAACGACUGCGCCCUGGUUCCGGAUUUCUAUCCGUGCGUGUCACGACCGAUGGCCCAACGCGCGUUCUCCAAAUCCUAGACAUUAAAGAACGUAAAAAGACCUUCGCACUCCUUGAAGAAAGAGACUGGUCUCACAUCGCAGUAGCACAGCGACCAACCCAGCUCGAGGCCGACCGAACAUCAUCAGAGUUCCAAUUAACAGUCAGUCUCCCCUCAGGUCUAGGUCUCUCCGUAGUUUCUCGUCGUCCUGUAGAGGAACUUCUUUUCGCCCGCAUAGCCGGAAUUUCCUUCGAACUCCUUCAAGUUCCCUUAAACUCGACCCUCAAUCUCACGAUCUCAGACCUGCAGAUUGACAACCAGCUCUUCGAGGCCCAAUGCACCUCAGUCCUCUACAUCUCUCGCUCAAGUCGACCUGAGUCUGCCGAGCGACCUGCCAUCGAAAUCUCUCUUGAGAAACUUCCCUCCAAGAACCAAAACGCGGAAAUCUACAAGCACCUGAUCGUGACAAUUAGACCUCUCUGCGUUCAUCUGGAAGAAAGAUUAAUCCUGAAGCUAGCCGCCUUCCUAGGCACCAAUCGCUCUGACCUGGAGGCUCCCGUCGACGAGAACGAUUUCAAGGCUCAAAGAUUUAUCUCCGAAGUAUCUGCAGCUCACGCGAAGAGAUAUUACUUCGGACUUUUAAAACUAGUACCCAGUCUGGUGAAACUAAGCGUUCUGACCACCACCAAGCUACCAAGGACUUUGCAGUCGAUAAAGCGCAAGCUAGGACUCACUCUUAUAAAAUUCGAAGACGCUUCUAUUGAACUUGAGCCCUUCAUCAAGAAACAUCCUUUUGAAAGCAGCCAGUUUCUCAUUCAUUCCAUAAUAAAACACUACAAAGAUGAGCUGAAAUGGCAAGCAGCGGUGAUCCUCGGCAGCGUUGAUUUCCUGGGCAACCCUCUGGGCUUCGUCAACGACAUCUCCGAAGGAAUGUCCGGGUUUAUUCGCGAAGGGAACGUCAAAACGCUGAUUAAAAAUGUCACCCACGGAUUAUCAAACUCUACUGCGAAGCUAUCCGAGUCCUUGUCUGACGGUCUUGGCCGCGUGACCAUGGACGAGAGUCAUGAAGAAACUAGACAGCGAAUCCGGUCGCAGACUGUCCACAGUGGCGAUCAUUUUGUCGCGGGUUUGAAAGGCCUGGGCUUUGGAAUGCUGGGUGGGUUAACUAGUGUCGUAAGACAGACGUAUGAUGGCGCUGCUAGUGAGGGAUUCCCCGGAUUCAUUGCCGGAUUUGGGAAAGGCAUUGUGGGAACUUUUACUAAGCCUGUUGUUGGUGUUUUAGAUUUUGCUACUGAAGCUGCUACGGCGAUCAGAGAGUCUAGCAGAAGUGCUCACAGGACUAUUCCUAAGAGACAAAGGUUACCGAGAGUCGCCAGUGGACCUGCGGGGCUGCUGCCGCCCUAUAAUGCCCAGCAAGCAGAGGGCCAGGAAUUCUUGUAUAAUAUCAACGAGAGGAAUUACAAUGAAUUGUUCGUUGCUUGGGAGAAUCUGUGUGCUGGUCAGGAAAAUUUGAGAAUCCUGGUAUCGAAUGAACGCGUGAGAAUCAUUUGUGGCAGCAGCAAGACUGUUGUCACUGAAGUUGGACUCGCGGAUUUGAUUCAGUGUCAGGAGACCCAGAAAAUUGAAAGCAAUGGCAGUGUUGUUUAUUAUAUUGAAUUGACGUCUAGGAUUGACUCCGGGAUGAGUUUUGAUGCUCCUGAAGUUCUCAGGAGACCGAGGGUUAGGUGCGACACUGAUGAAAUUGCUAAGAGGGUUUCUCAGCAGGUUAAUUACGCGAAAGGCAUGCACGAAGAGAGAAGUCUUACUUUGAUGUCUGAUAGCGUUGUUGAUGAUAUUUAUUGGUAA